CCUAAACUCGCCUAGGCUUCAAAGGCCUAAGGCUCGGACGUGCCGCCUCGUCACGCCUCACGCCUUUUAGAACACUGCUUUAUGGAGAAUUUUGGUAACAUUUUAGAAACAAGCCUAUAUAUAAUCCAUGUUUGGGCGAUUACGAUUUUCAAUUAAUUAAUACCCUCUGAGCAAAUGCGCUCCACUCUGAAUAGAUUUGUAAUCCAAAGAAAAAUCAUUUAGUUUUGAAUGAAGAAGAUGAUGAGCUCCAAAGCAGCACUCAUCCUCCUUGCUCUCUUCCUCGUCCACACCUCUGCCACCCGAUACGCCCCGGACAAGAAGCGCCCCACCGAUCAAACCCCUUCCGGCGACGGCGGCGGAGGUCUCGGAGCGUUCUUCGGGCCCGGAUCUGGGUUCGGGAUUCCUGGACUCGGCGGAGGGUACGGAUCCGGAUUCGGAGGCCCGGGCGGCGGGAGCGCCAAAGGCGGUGUGAUACGGCCGACGGUGGUCUGCAACAAAAAGGGGCCGUGCAAAGGGAAGAAGCUCGCGUGUCCUGCCAGCUGUUUCAAGUCGUACAGCCGAGCCGGAAAGGGUUACGGCGGCGGAGGCGGCGGCGGAGGCUGCUCCUUCGACUGCACCAAGAAAUGUGCUGCAUCUUGCUACUAAUGUUACCGCGCGAGUAUGUUAAUUACUUACUUAUGUACUAAUUAUUACUACUCGAUCGUAAUGUAAUAUUUAAGCUGGUCAGCAGCAUAUAUUAUAUGCUGAGCGGCCUAAUUAAUUUCGAAUUAUUAUUACUAUAGAGUUGCUGUUUAUGUGCGAUGAAAGCUUUCUCUCAGUGGCUUUACUGCAUGGUAGGGUGCCACUGACAAUCAACUUCGAUUUUUAAUACUCAG